AAGGAAUGUGCUGAUUUAUGCGGUUCACGUCAUUUCACAUGAAACAUUACUCAUCUCUUUCCCCAUCAAUGUUGGUACAUCAAAAUAAAAAUGCAACCGUUUACAUAAGGAAUUCUUUUAUCCAUAUUGACUUGAUUUUGAGGGAAAUAAACCAACAACCUUCUUCCAACCCAAAACUUCAACCGCUACUUCACACUUAUAACUAGAAGAGUUCAAGCUAGAUUUUUCCAGACUAAACCGGCUGCUUUCAAGAAAAUCUGACCCAAUGUCCUAUCAGGAUGGUUGAUUCACACCUACUCUCUUGAUUAUAAAUAGCAGCCCAGAUUUCACAGUUUGCAUUAGAGUACAGUGGACACGUCGCCUGAAAACUACAUUCGUCUUCUAAUUCAUCCAUGGCUCUUCAGCUCGUUGGUUAUAUUCUGUCCAUUAUCGGAUUGUGUGGCCUUAUCAUAGGCACGUUUACCAAUGAAUGGAAAACCCUUGGUCACGAAAAUGACAAGAGUGUGAUUCUGGACAAAUACAGCGGACUGUGGAUGGAGUGCUCGGUUGAUGGUUCGCUUCACAUGCGCUGCACGAGUUACAGUUCUCUUCUUCAUCAAACUUCUGAAAUCCGGGUUAGCCGCGCAGUCAUGAUCAUCAGCAUCGUGGUUUUGAGCGUCGCCGCGCUGGUGGCCAUUUCUGGUCUAAGGUGUACAAGAUGUUUCGAAGAGAACGAGAAGGCGAAGGAUAGAGCUGCCUUCUUAGGGGGAAUCCUUUCUGUGUGUGGUGGUCUGCUUGCUUUGGGCAUAACCAGCUGGUUUAUAUAUGGAAUUGUUGAUGAUUUCUUUCAGAAUGACACAGAGCCUGAGAGGUAUGUCCCCGGCAAAUCUCUGAUUUGUGCAUUUGUUGCAUCUAUGUUUUGUUUGUUCGGCGGCAUUCUCUUAUGCGCCGGCAGCGUGACGCAUCUACAAUCCAAGAAAAUCCUCAGAAAGCAUUCGGUUUCCAAUCAUCCUGGGAAAGAAUAUGUUUAAUCACCCUGAGACCAUCUGAACACCUAACAUUAACUUUAUAUUAUCCUUAUUUUUACUAACAUCCAUGUGCUGGUAUGAUUGAACAGCUUCUGAUGCAUGUUUAGAUGUUUGGGACGGGUCCAACAUUGAACUGUGACUUCUGAGUCAGUUUAGCUGCUAGAAAACCAGAAGACUGGGAUUGCUUAACUGACAGUUCAGCACUGAUCACAGAGAAAGAUUAUGUCAUAUCCCAGUAAUAGAUUUACAGUAAAUGUGGGGAUAUUUUUACUAUUUUAAGAUAUUCUAAGAUGUGAUGUACUGUAAAAUAUAUGUGACCCUGGACCACAAAAGCAGUCUUAAGUCGCUGGGGUAUAUUUGUAGCAAUAGCCAAAAAUACAUUGUAUGGGUCAAAAUUAUUGAUUUUUCUUUUAUGCCAAAAAACAUUAGGAUAUUAAGUAAAGAGCAUGUUCCAUGAAGAUAUUUUGUAAAAUUCCUACUGUAAAUAUAUCAAAACUUGGUCCUUGGUCACAUAUGUCAAUGAAAAAUUAAGACAGGCUUCAUUAUUUCAUGUUUGUUUUAAAUCACUUCAGUAUUUCAUGUAUUAGUAUUAUUAUUUACAAAGGCUUGCUAUCACCAUAUGCACUUGGUUGUUAACUCUUUGUAACCACUGAAAUGAUUUUCUUCAUGCUAUACCUAUUACCUCUUACCUUACAAUAUCCAGCUUCACAUUUGUUACGAAAUAGAUACAAAAACUAUGAAUGUCAUAUAGUCACGCAAAAAUAAUGUCACCGCAUAUAUUUUGUUUUAUAUUUACAUGAGUUAGGCCUAUAUGGCGCUGUUCUCGUGACUGAUUCUAACUGUGCAAAUAAACAAAUACAAUAAACUGUA